UCCAAACCCGAAAUAUGACUGCCUCCUCUUUGAUGUCGAUGAUACUCUUUAUCCCCUAAAAUCUGGUCUGUCUGCAGAAUGCACCAAGAACAUCAUAGAAUAUAUGAUUAACAAGCUCGGCAUGGAGGAGGAUAAAGCCCCCGAAAUGUGCGUUCAACUGUACAAAGAUUAUGGAACAACGAUGGCUGGUCUCAAGGCCAUUGGUUAUGACUUUGACUAUGAUGAUUACCAUAGUUUUGUUCAUGGACAAUUACCCUAUGAGAUCCUAAAACCUGACCCAAUUUUUAAAAAAAUUCUGCAAAGCCUGCCCAUUCGGAAAGUUAUCUUCUCAAAUGCAAAUAAAGAGCACAUUGCUAACGUUCUAGGCAGGCUUGGAUUAGAGGACUGCUUUGAAGGAGUUGUAUGCUUCGAGACUCUGAAUCCACUCAACAAGACCGAUAUACCUGAUGCCAAGGCUGCUCUUGAGCUCAAUGGGUCAAAAUCAAGUACCAUUCGUAGCACCGUAACAGAUUUUAUUAACGAUUCUUGUGAGACUAAUGCAGAAUUUCCAAAAACUCCAAUUGUCUGCAAACCAUUCGAGGAUGCCUUUGAACUAGCUCUCAAGAUAGCCAAAAUCAACCCUCAGAGAACGUUGUUCUUUGAUGACAGUAUCCGUAAUUUACAGACUGCAAAACUUAUGGGCCUCCACACGGUCUGGGUGGGCCAUUCUAACCUAACAAAAGGCGUGGAUUAUGCAUUGGAGAGCAUCCACAAUAUCAAGGAAGCGUUGCCAGAGCUUUGUGAAGCCAUUGAAAAGAUAGAAGACAUCCACUUCUUAGAAAAGGUUGCAAUCGAAACCUCAGCUUAGCUUUUGUAAUCCUUGUGGUGAAGGAGGAUAUAACAUACGUAGUUGGGGGUUUUUCCCAUCCCUGUCUGUAUUUUGCUUAGUGGAUGCAGAUUUAUGUACCCGUGAUUUGCUAAUAAAAUAACUUUGUUUUCUUAAUGUUAAUGUCAUGUUAUUUACUUUUUA